AUGAGCGUCACGGUCAAGCUAUCAAAUGGUACUCAAAAGACCAUUGAAAUUCCGGAUUUGGGCAUAACUGUUGCAAAGUUUAAAGAAAUGGCUGCAGCUGCUACUGAAAUUCCAGCUGAAGAGCAAAGAGUUGUACUACGAGGCAGGGUUUUAAAGGAUGGAGAUAUUCUUUCUGCUGUGGGUAUGGAACACGGACAGGCACUUCAUAUUGUAAGAGGAAAAAGUACUGCUAAAGCUACUACUUCAUCUACAACUACACAAUCUACAGCAGAAUCAUCAGGACAACAAACAAGUUCUAAUUCACAGACCAGAUCUGAGGGCAAUAACCCAUAUAUGAGUUUAGCUGGUAGCCAACCUCCAACUGGUGGGGCUCCAAUGAACAGUUUUAUGAACCCUGGAUUAGGAUUUCAAAUGUCUCCUGAACAUACGGUACAAAUGUUACAAAAUCCUGUUUUUUCUCAAUAUGUUCAAGAAAUGAUGGGAAAUCCACAACUUAUGCAACAACUUAUGCAGGGAAUGUCCUCGGGACAAACAGAUAAUUCACAUAUGGGUAUGCAAUCUGUUUUAAAUAAUCCUGUUCUUCUACAACAUACGAUGCAAUUAAUGAGUAAUCCAGCAUUUAUGCAACAAAUGAUGCAAAUGAUGAACAGUGGGUCACCUGGUCAGAAUUCUCCUUUUUUGGGUCAAACAAAUACUCAGUUACCUAAUCCACUUAUGAGUGCUGGAUUUCCUUCCCAACAGGGUGAUCCUCGAGUUAUUUAUCAAUCUCAGCUUCAACAAUUAAGGGAAAUGGGAUUUCCAAAUGAAGAAGCUAAUCUUGCAGCCUUGCAACAAGCCCAGGGUAAUCUCGAUUUUGCCAUUGAAAGACUCCUUAACGCGUAA